AUGCGGCGAAAUCAGUCGUUAAAGCCCUGGUGGGCAAUCCUCCUCAUCACCUUCUUCGCUUCGUCAGUCACGGCUCAUACUGUCAUCACCUAUCCCGGAUGGAGAGGAAACAACCUCCACUCCACUGGAAACAUGAGCUCUUUACAAGGCAUGGCUAUUGCAAGAUCACCAAACAAUGAAUCGGAAUUGCUAUAUCCUCUAGGGAUGCAAUGGGCCUAUCCAUGUGGUGGAAUGCCAGUUACACAGAAUCGAACGAAAUGGCCCGUUAAAGGAGGUGCAAUUGCCUUCCAACCUGGCUGGUUUCCUGGCCAUAAAACUGCCUUUAUCUACAUGAAUAUGGGAUUCGGAACUAUUGCUCCCAACAUGAGCCAUCCGAUGAUUGCCCCAUUUCAAUUAAUCGGACCUACAAAAGAGGAAUAUCCCGGCACGUUUUGCCUUCGGCAAGUUGCGCCCCCCGCGGGUUUCGAAUACAAAGUUGGUGACAAUGUGACAAUACAAAUCAUCGAAACUGCCAUUCAUGGUGCUGCCCUUUAUAAUUGUGUCGAUGUUACAUUAGCAGAACCCGGCGAUGUCGAAGAGGUGACCAGAGAAAAUUGCUUCAACUCCUCUGAAUUAUCCGCCAGAUACAUUUUUGCCAUGGAUAUCUCAAAUACCGCUUCCAUCGUUUCAUCACCAGGAAUGAGUCUCGUUGUCGUUCCAUUGCUGCUGGCCGGCUCUUUUGCCCUCCUGUUUUAG